AUGGAGACGAGGUCGAAUGUGGUGAAAUCCAAAUCGUCCAAUAGUGCAAUCACCACAAAAUCCGGACUGAAGGAGAGCACUAGAAGUAAUCUGCAAUUCCAGCGGAAUGUCAUCAAGAAGAGGGGCGUGUAUGUCGAAAACAAAGCCACCAAAACGAGGAUAAGUGGACCAGGUAAGAAAUUCGAAUCAUCACAUCAUCACCAGUCUAUCAAUAACUCUACUAUUAGGGCUUAGGUCUUUCUUAUGGAUGAAAUCGUAUAAGAAGAAUGGGGUAAGACCCACCACGCGGGUCCAGUGUGGUUUGGUUAACGCACAACGUACGUCCUGAAGCACAGAGGAGCUCGAGAUAAUAAAUGUUUCGUCGCCUAUCCUAUAACAGGCCAUUGCGAAAGUUACUUAAUAAACAUAUCGCAGACAGACGCGCUAACCACUGCGCCUUCGAGCUCCUUAUCAUAAAAACUCCUGAGAAUGCUCCGUGGAGAGGCGAAACACGAACUAUCAUCCCUAUCAUCGUAUUUAAAAAAAAACAUUAGUUCCCGAAAUCAAACUAGAUGUGGUACGGUACUUACUUGAUUUCUCCAUGACAACCCUUCCGGUUUUCUUUUAUGUAUAAAAGGAAAUAAAUUUUCAAAACUCAAUAAACAACUCAUAUUCUAUUUGUUAUUUUUCGUAUUUGUAUUGAUAUCUAAGUUUCGAACUCUGCACAUUUCAGUUUUUUAAUAUGUUAGUUAAAAGGAACAGAAAUUACUGUUUGGUCCAUUCGUUUCCUGCAAAAAUCAACUUUUGCUAGGGUCGCCAUCUAGUGGAGGUGCUUUUUAGUGCUUUCUUUUUUCUUAAAAUAAUCACUAUACACACGUUUCGUAUUAAUGUACCUACAUUUUUUUUUAUUACAUCAUAAAUAAAUAUAGAAUAUCUUUUAUUCUUGUAUGAAACACCUGCAGAUAGAGAGCGGCCCAGACAAGACCGAACGCCACAAUGUACAUACAGAUCUUGCCUCGUCCACUGUCAUUACUCUUUUCAUACAUACUCGCCGAUUUUUAUAGCUUCCGACAUCGCCUUAUUGUUACAUGUCGGUUAUUAUGACCCAUUUUUAAUAAAUUAUUUCCGGUUAUAAUGACAGCCUAGACUUUUUACACUUCCGAUAAUUGUCGGUGAUUCUCGGCGUCGUUCGGCACGUGGCUAACUUGAAAGUGAUGGAGAAGAGGAAGUCGAGGAAGAACCAUUACCUACCGCAAAAGAGGCAUUAAAGGCUGCAGAAUUAUUAUCAUGAUUUGUUCAUAGCAAAAUGAUAAUUUGACCAUGGUGAUCUUCUUUAGACAAUACUAUUAGAGACUGUUAUUACAAUAAAAUAAAAAACAAAAGCAGGCAAUAAUUACAGAUUUCUUAAUAAAAAUAAUGAAAAAUACGUAUAUUACAUACUUAAAUGUAUCGUUUAUAAUAUUUACUUGUAUUUUUUUUGAUGCUUUAUUAAAAAUAUUAAAAUACAUACAUUAUUACAUAAAAACAAUUUUUAUCACCAAACUCUUUGUAUGACGUCCGCUUAUAAUGACGUGUUUGUCAGUUCCCUUCGGUGUCAUAAUAAACGGAUUCCACUGUAUUUAUAAACUGUAUGUAAAUCGUGUAUGUGGUGUGUGUUGCCAAAUAAAAACCUAUUUUAUUCUAUAUUCUUGAUUCCUAUAUUUUAUAUUUACCGUAGUCUAAUAUAUAUUUCCUGACACUCUUUCAGAAACGAAUACAAAACAAGAGAGACCUGUAAAACCCCCUCCGCGUCCACGUCCGGGCAACAAGAGGUUUUUAGCAUCCGUACUAUCUAUCCUCUCCAAGUCUACAGCAGCCACUCAGUAUCCCGAUAACAACGAAAACAGCGGCCACGCAAAUAGCCCUAAAAGAUCCGCUAGAAAAAGACCAGAGGCACUCAAAAACGCAGAAGUCUACGACACACGUAAAAAGAAAAAGUACCGAUCAAGAAUUCUAAAUAAAAGUGUUUAUAACGACGUCACAGAUCAACAAAUAAUUGUAUUACAAGCUCAAAAAGAGAUAACGCAUACACCAUCAAUAUUCUCGGAAAAUGAUUCUGCCAAUGUUUCAAAACUACCAUCACUCGUUACAAAGGCUUCAUAUUCAUUAGACAAAGAGAUAAAAAUAGAAAACAACUUGAACGAACUAAACAACUCUCUGGUAAGAAAUAUUUUGGAAGGUAAACAAAUGAAGAGAGAAAGAAGAGUUAGAAUCGAAGACCCGACGACUUUAGUCAGUAUUAACAACGUUAAAACUGCAGAUGUGACCGCGAAAGACAAUAAUAAAGGAUUAUAUAAUUUUUUCGUCGAUCUACUUGAAACUAUCGAUGGAUGCAACGCCGCAGACGUUGAGAAAGUUACAAUUUUAUCCACAAAUACUAGUUCUACGAAGGUACCACUGGAAAUAAACGAAUCAGUGGCACAAAGGCUUGAAUUGAGAAGUCAGUCUUCAAAUCACGGAUGUAAGUCUCCCAGUCCUAUAAGGGAAAAUAAUUUCUAUUGCUUUAACAAUGAUAAUGAAUACCUAGCGAGUCAAAUUAGUCCGAAAACAUCAGUUGCAAAAACUCGUAAGCUUAACAAAACCAAAAAACCUCUGCACGCACAAUCAUUUUCAGUUACAAAAAAACCACAAUCGAAAAAUAUUAAAACGGAAAGUUUGAAUUUAGACAAGAAACUUUCAAAUUCAAAGAAAAGGAAGAAAGAAACAUUAUUGAAUCUAUUCAAGGAGCAAUUAAAGAUGGACGUCAACGCAUUCGAUGAACCGCAAAACUUGUAUGAAGCAUUGAAAAUCAUAGCCGAAAAUAAACGUAAAUGUCAAAAAACAAUACACUUUGAAGAGAGGAUGAAGAGACACCGCAAAGAUAGCGGAUUCCCUGAAUGCGUAUUUAAAAGACCUAAAGUAUUAGGUCCAGGUAAGAAAAGAAAAGCAGCAAAAUCCAUCAAAGAAGACCUUAUUAUUCAGAAACAAUCUCUGAUCAAAGAUAAUGAAAAAGGUGUCAAGAGAAAAGAAGUAGAUGAAGAUACGAAUGGAUCACAAUAUUCUUUGAAAGUCUUUGGAUAUGAUUACGAAAAACCAGAAAAACAAUCUCCUAUGAGGGCCAAAGAAGUAGUUUUGACAUACCAUUCUAGUCCAUCCAUAAGUGACCGGGGACUAAUAUCCGACGACGAAUACACUGAUAGUUACUUUAAUACAUUCAGCCGAUCUCUUUCUAUAAACGGUAAUGAUUACAUUUGA